AUGGCUUCUAUCGCGCAGUACAUUUCCACGACGCCGAGACUCUCUAACGACUUUGGCACAACCAUGAACGCCACGGACGACGAUUACCACGAAGAAUGGUCAUCGUACGAUUACGACCCCACUCUGAAUCUCGUGAUCGACGUGCCCGUCCUCACGAUGUACGCCAUCAUCUUCCUAGUCGGGAUGACAGGCAACCUCCUUGUCAUCUUCGCUGUCGUCAAGAGCCGUCGUCUUCACAACGUCACCUGUCUGUUCCUGGCUAACCUAGCACUUGCUGACCUUCUCACGGUCGUGUUCCUCAUCCCUCUUCAGAUCCUAGCCCAUAUCAGUGAUAGUUGGAACCUAGGAGAUGCUCUGUGUCGGUUAACUGCCUAUGUUGGUGUCAUCUCUCCUGUAUGCUCUGUCUUUACAAUGAUGAUCAUUGGUCUAGAAAGUGUGCCAGAUAUCGAUACAACCUAUGAUUUCAUAGGAGGUGACGUGGCCGAGUGGUCUAAGGCGCCUGGGUAUACAUAG